UGUCGGAGUGAAGAAAUGGAACGAAUUUUCAACGAAGAUUUCAACAGUUUAUGAAUUCCAUCUAUAAAUGACAUCUCUUGACGUCAGGAACAAUGAAAACGUCUUGCGUACUUAAUUUUACAUCGAAAAAGAUUUUGUAUUUAAAAAAAAAAUCCAAAAAUGAGUUCGUGUACAGGAGCACAAUGUACGACCAACAGUCUUGGUUCUGCCGAUUCAAUGUUUGCUUCAUUAGUCAGCACAAUAUUAGCGGCCCAGUGUGCUCUUUAUUCAGCAGAUAAAUUUCCAGAAAACUAUGCAAAUUCCUCGACGUUUUCUGCCGAUAAUCUGCAAUUCGAUUUCAUCGUUGUUGGGUCUGGUGCUGGUGGUUCUGUGGUUGCUAGUAGACUGAGUGAAAAUCCUGAUCACAAAGUACUGCUGAUUGAGGCUGGCGGCGAUCCACCGUUUGAAUCAGAGGCACCUGGUCUCUACGGUUCGCUGGUACAUAGCCCUGUGGAUUAUCUUUAUUCAUCGUAUGCAACUCGUGGUUGCUUAAGUAACGGAGGAUUGUGUCAGAUAUCGCGUGGAAAAAUGUUGGGCGGAACAACAAGUUUGAAUGGGUUAUACUAUUCCCGUGGUAACCGCGACAACUACGACACAUGGGCUGCCAACGGUUGUGAUGGUUGGGAUUAUGAUAGUGUUUUGCCAUAUUUCAAGAAAUCGGAACAUAAUUUGUGGAAACCAUUUUUGGAAGGUGACUCAGCCCAAUAUCACAACGGCUCGGGUCCAAUGAAAGUGAGCUUCUUGGGAAAUGUAACAUCAGCAACUCAGCUGUUCAUUGAUGCUGCUGUCGAAAAAAAUGUGAACGUCAAUCUAGAUCCAAAUGGUGCGACUCAGACAGGAAUUGCUUCGUUUCAAUUCAUGGGAGCCAAUGGUCGACGUGAGAGCACAGUCACAGCCUUCAUAAAUCCAGUACAAAAUCGAACAAAUUUGUUUGUCUUGAAAAAUUCGUAUGUUACAAAGGUUCUGAUCGACGGUACAAAUACCGCCACUGGAGUUGAAUUCGAUUUCGAUGGAGAUUCGUAUACAGCAUAUGCAUCGAAAGAGGUGAUUUUAUCGGCUGGUGUAAUCGAAAGCCCUAAAUUGCUCAUGUUAUCAGGAGUUGGGCCGGCUGAUCAAUUAGAAGCACUCGAUAUUACAGUAAAAAAAGAUUUGCCAGUCGGUGAAAAUCUACAAGAUCACGUCACCGUUUUGAUUUUUGCUCAAGCCGAUGGUGUUGUCGAAACAUCACCCACAGAUUCUCUCGAUUAUACGUAUCAAUGGGCUAUUCAUAACAGCGGGCCAUAUGCAGAACCACUCGCAUUAGCUUCAUUUUUGAACACAGACCCAACGGCUGCAUAUCCAAAUCAUGAAAACAUUUACUUUACUUUCGCUAAAGAUACCACCGAUUUGGCAGCUCUUCUCCAAGUGUUAAGCUUGAAUGCAACCGCUUUCAAAGCAGUUUUAGAUGCAAAUGUUGAACACGAUAUUCUCGGUACAUUCAUCUACUAUUCACAACCCAAAUCACGUGGAACACUUAAAUUAAACGGAACCAAUCCAUACAAUUAUCCAAUCAUCGAUCCAAAUUACUUUGCCAAUGAAACGGACUUGAUUAAUUUUGUGAAAGCAACCAAAGAACAAAAUUCUUAUUCGGAAACUCAAGCUUUUCAAAAGUAUAAUGCUACACCAGUUCGAAUUCCAUUGGAAGCCUGUGAUAGUGACUACACAUACGAUACAGAUGAUUACUGGAAAUGCUAUCUCCAUCAGUUGACAUCAGCUGGUAUGCAUCACGUGGGCACAUGUAGAAUGGGAGCAGAAAACGAUCCAACAGCUGUAGUUGAUACGGAACUUCGUGUCAAGGGUAUCAACCAUCUCAGAGUCGUUGAUUCCAGCGUUAUUCCAUACAUUACGACGGGACACAUAACUGCACCAACGGUUAUGAUUGCCGAAAAAGCGGCUGAUCUUAUCAAAGAAACAUGGGCUAAUUCUACGGGGACUAAGCCACCGCCGAAGAAGAAUAAUUUGGUGUCAUCUUUGCUGGAAAAAGGAGAAGCUGUAAUUAGUCAAUUAAUUAACAGAACAAUAAAAAUAUUACCUUAAUUUGUUAUGUUGAAA